AUGGCUGAACAUCCUUCGUUCACUCUCGCUGCUCUACUGCCUGUAGGGGGUGUCGCUGGCUUUUUGCGAACUGGCUCAAAACCCUCCUUAAUUGCAGGUCUCGGUUUGGGAGCUUCCUACGCGUAUGCAGGUUAUUUGAUCAAACAAAACAAAGACUACGGCACUGAACUCGCCCUGGGAAACAGCAUACUCCUCCUAGGAUCUGCAAUCCCUAGGAUCAUCAAGACCGGAGCGAAGGCACCCAUUCCUUUAGCUCUCGGUGCCACUGGUUUGUUGGCCUCGUUCUACUACCAGAAAAAGGUCCGAGAGUUCCGAUUCGGAGUCUAG